UGGACUUGGAAGACCAUGCAAAUCAUUUCGGUUUUGGUUGUGGUGCUAUUGGUUCUCCAGGGAAGGUGUCUCCAUUCCCUGGACUUGAGUCAUGGCCGGAUUUCAGGCGGGGAUCUAGCUGCUGCGAAUCAGUUUCCCUAUCAAGUGGGUCUGAGCAUUGAGGAGCCAAACGAAAUGUUUUGUUGGUGUGGUGGAAGUUUGAUCUCCGAAUGGUAUCUCCUCACGGCAGCACAUUGUGUGGAAAAUGCUGUGUCCAUCACAUUCUACUUGGGAGGAGUACAACGUCUGUCGCCUCGCCAGCUAAUUCGAUCCACUUCUCCGAAAGUUUACCUCCACACCGAUUGGAACACUAAGACCUAUGAGAACGAUAUCGCCCUGAUCCGUCUUCCAGAGGUUGCGAUAUUCAGUAGCUUCAUAACUCCCAUAAGGUUGCCGGGACUAGCUUUAAGGAAAUCCAGCUACGACUAUAUUCUGGCUACAACAUCCGGUUGGGGUCGCACAAAUGAUGAUUCCACUGCCAUAUCCGACAACCUACGCUAUGUUAUUAGCUACGUAGAGUCCAAUGAGGACUGCCAGUAUUCCUACUCGAACAUAAAAUCCACCAAUAUCUGCAUGGACACCACUGGAGGACGAUCCACUUGUACAGGCGACUCUGGAGGUCCUUUGGUUUAUCGUGAUCCGGCCCAGAAUACUGAUAUACUCAUCGGUGUCACUUCCUACGGCAAGAAGACGGGAUGUACUAAGGGCUAUCCGGCUGUUUUCACACGUGUUACCUCCUAUUUGGAUUGGAUCCAGGAAGUGAGCGGAAUCGUCUACCCGUAGAGUGGUCCUCGAGGGCUAAACAAUCAGUGCUGGGCACUGUAAACA